AUGAAUAUCGAAAAUGAUGUUGACAAAGAAGUGGUGCCAGAAUACUUAUCUUUGACAAAUGGAUCAUUUAAAGCUACAUUUGUCUCUGAAUUCUAUCGUACUUAUAAUCCAAUUGAUGGUACUGAUUUGCAAUGUUUAGCCAUUCUUACUCACAAAUUAACCAUUAUCAAUUAUUAUAGGAAGCUUUGGAAUGUUUACUUGAAAUGUGGUACUCGUCUCUUCAAUGAACGAAACGCAUUAAAAGAAUCUCAACAGGAAACGAUUAAUCAAUCACUUUGUAUUUGGCCUUAUCCUGUUACAUCGUUGAUGAUUGCUCAACGUUAUAAUGAUAUCAUAGAUGAAAAAGAAAUUACAUAUGAUAUGUAUGUUAAUUUUAUAAAGAAAAAUCUAUUUCAAUUUGAUACUCAAGCUGCUCACUUUGAAAAGCAAUUUAAUGUCACUAAAGAUCACAUGGAUACAUUUUCCUGUGAAUUGACUUAUAAAAUUGAUGAUUAUGUACGGAAGAAUGAUCAGAUUACGGCUAUGCGACUUCAUUUCGAAGCACGAAUAGAUUUGGCUGAAUAUGUUUAUUUGGAUCAAGUGUUACAAUUAAAAUAUCUUCAUCAAAAGCCUAAUGAAGACCAAAUCAAAUUAGCACAACAUAUAGCAAGACUUCAACUUCAAAAAGAAAAGUCAGAACAAGAGUUAAUUUUAUUUAAAUUUGGUGUUCUAUACAAAAAGUUGCCCGAAUCAUUAAAUGCACUUGAAGAAAUACUACCAACAUCGAUUACUACCAUCAUGAAUACUGUGCUACGUGAAAGAUUAUCGAGUAAUUAUAUCCGAAUCAUACAACGAACAAAAGCGGAUUUAAUGAUGAUCUUGACAACAGCAGCAGAAAUUCAGAACGAGCAACAUCAAAAUGCUUUUAAUACAUUUAUGGCUCAAAUGUGGAACGAUCAACGCAAGCUUCCAAAGAAUGAACAAUUGAAUCCAACAAUGCUUUUACUCAUUGAUGAUCGCCAAAAAAAUAUUCUAGCUUGUACAAAGCAUAUCUACAGUCUUAAAACAAAUUAUUAUACAAAAAUUUAA